AUGCACUACCAGGACAGCCUCGGCCUAUCACAGGCGAAUCGGGAUAUGAUCUCCAAUAUCAGUUCGAGUGUCGCUGAAAGUGAUCCCUUGACCGCAGAGCAGAUAGUGCAGAAGGUACUCGAUGGGCUGAAUACGUUGACCAGCCCCAAGGGAGCCAAACGCAGUGAGGAACAUCUUCUUCGGGUACGAGAGGCGAUCUACAUCUUUCAAGAUGUACACUUUCCCCCUCAAAGACUGUUCGAAUGGCUGGAUUCGCGGCGUAUUUCUCGACCACGACACCCGGGUCUGACCGAAUGGGAUGAAGUCGGCGAAACCCUCUUGAAACACAGUGGGAUACCCGCCGAUUGUCGCGCCAAACUGUUUACAACCCGGUCCCGACGGUGGUCCAACUUGGACGACAUCGGAAAGAAAGUGAAUGAAGAACAUCUCGGCGCUUCCGACACUUCUUCGGUCUCGCUGUUGCAGAUUCAACCCUCCGGUUCUGACCUCGAUUUGGAAAUGCAGUCUGAGGUUUUCACCCAACAGACUAACCAAACCCAAGACCAAACCUCCGUAGAUGACGGGUUUAGUAUGGACAUCGACCAGAGUCCAGUAGGCACAGGCCCUGAGGUUGAAGAUACGGUAGACGUCGAAAUGUCCAAGUUGGGCGAUACUUGGAACGGGAGCCAUGGUCACUAUUGGGAAAUCUCUACUGAAUUAUCCAAAGAAAAGAGGAAUCGGCUAUUUGCUCUGGAGACCAGGGCAUUACGAGACAGCCAGGUUGUGCAAGAAGGUAUCGAGGAGAUCGCUCGAAGGCCUGGGAUGGGGUAUUUCGUGCCAGGUAUUCCUCACCUGCGCUCUGAACGAACCGAGGAUGUCGAAGAAUGCGUCGAGCUCACCAAAUGGCUCGCCGCAGCAGACAUAUAUCCCAGGAGAAAGGAACCGAGCCUAGAAAAGCAUAUCUACAAAUAUUUGUGGGGCUACUCUCAUGGCGAAGACUUCUCCCAUGUCGGAAGCAGCGCUGUAGGAUCACUCGCAUCCGCAAGCAGUCGAGGCCUUUCUGAUAUCUCUCAGCCUGAUCUCUCCUCGAAUGAAUCCCGAUGA